CGGCUGAUGAUGCGGCGGCUGCAGGCGGAGUCAGCUGCUGGCCAAAGCCCUGUCUCUGAGCCUGUCUGGCUGGCUGCUGUCCUGUCAUAGCUGGGUGUGGUUUUUGCAGCAAGCAGCAAGCAGCAGGGGUACCGUUAGCAGGAAAUCAAGCUCCCAGUCCGCUUUACUUUGAGGCGAAACAAAGAGAAACCAUCCCUGGAGCGUAGUUUUGAAAAGAGAAGAAAGGAAGAAAAAAAAAAGCUUUUUUGUAGUUUAGCCAAAAGUAUCCUUGACCCAGAAGGACCUUUUAGUUGGUGCCGUUGUGCUGAUGGGAAAAAGUUUUCUCAACUAGUCAGCUGAAUUAAGAAGUUUAAGGAAAAUCUGUGCGGGAGGCAAAAGACGGGAAAGAUGCCGAAAACGAUCAGUGUGCGUGUCACCACGAUGGAUGCUGAACUGGAGUUCGCCAUUCAGCCCAACACAACAGGGAAGCAGCUCUUUGACCAGGUGGUAAAGACCAUUGGACUGAGAGAAGUAUGGUACUUCGGACUCCAGUAUCAGGAUACAAAGGGUUUCUCUACAUGGCUGAAGCUCAAUAAGAAGGUGACAGCCCAGGAUGUGAGGAAGGAAAGCCCGCUGCUCUUCAAGUUCCGCGCCAAGUUCUUCCCCGAGGACGUUACGGAGGAGCUGAUCCAGGACGCCACACAGCGCCUCUUCUUCCUGCAGGUGAAGGAGGCGAUCCUAAACGACGACAUCUACUGCCCUCCGGAGACGGCGGUGCUCCUGGCCUCCUACGCCGUGCAGGCCAAGUUCGGCGACUACAACAAAGAGGUGCACACGUCGGGCUACCUGAACAGUGAGAACCUGCUCCCUCAGAGAGUUCUGGAUCAGCACAAGCUCAACAAGGAGCAGUGGGAGGAGAGGAUUCAAGUGUGGCACGAAGAACACAAGGGCAUGAUGAGAGAGGAAUCCAUGAUGGAGUACCUGAAAAUUGCCCAGGACCUGGAGAUGUAUGGAGUCAACUACUUCAACAUCAAGAACAAGAAGGGAACUGAGCUGUGGCUGGGAGUGGACGCGCUGGGCCUUAACAUUUAUGAACAGAAUGACAAAAUGACGCCCAAAAUCGGGUUUCCUUGGAGUGAAAUAAGGAACAUUUCCUUCAACGACAAGAAGUUUGUUAUUAAACCAAUUGACAAGAAAGCACCAGACUUUGUAUUCUACGCGCCGAGGCUGCGCAUCAACAAACGCAUCCUGGCUCUGUGCAUGGGCAACCAUGAGCUGUACAUGCGCCGCCGCAAGCCUGACACCAUUGAGGUACAGCAGAUGAAGGCGCAGGCUCGGGAGGAGAAGAACCAUAAAAAGAUGGAGAGAGCUAUGCUGGAGAAUGAAAAGAGGAAAAGAGAGGUUGCAGAAAAGGAGAAGGAAAAGAUUGAAAAGGAGAAGGAGGAGUUGAUGGAGAGAUUAAAGCAGAUUGAGGAUCAGACCAAAAAAGCCCAACAAGAGCUGGAGGAGCAGACUCAGAGGGCUCUGGAGCUGGAGCAGGAGAGGAAGCGUACGCAGGAGGAGGCCGAGCGUCUGGAGGCUGAGCUGAAAGGAGCCGAGGAAGCCAAGAUGGCGCUGCUGCAGCAGUCAGAGAGCCAGAUGAAGAACCAAGAACACCUGGCCACAGAGUUGGCUGACCUGACCUCAAAGAUCUCUCUUCUGGAGGACGCUAAGAAGAAGAAGGAAGAAGAGGCGAUAGAGUGGCAGCAGAAGGCCACCACGGUGCAGGAGGACCUGGAGAAGACCAAAGAAGAGCUUAAGAGCAAAGUGAUGGCGGCACACGUCCAGGAGCCGCUCAAUGCUGAGAAUGAGCAUGACGAGAACGACGAGAGCAGCGCCGAGGCCAGCGCCGAGUUUACGUCCGCGGCCACGUACAAGGACCGCAGCGAAGAGGAGCGGAUGACUGAGGCCGAGAAGAACGAGCGUCUGCAGAAACAUCUACUUGCUCUGAGCUCAGAGUUGGCCAACGCCCGGGACGACACCAAGAAGACGGUGAACGACGUCAUCCACGCAGAGAACAUGAAAGCGGGACGCGACAAGUACAAGACCCUCAGACAGAUCCGGUCAGGCAACACCAAACAGCGUAUCGACGAGUUUGAAUGCAUGUGAUGCACUCCACCGGCAACGCAAAAAAAAAAAAAAAAAAGCCCGCCCAAGGUCGGGUCCUGCUGCUUGGACUGCAGUCCUGCCUCACUCAAGCUGUUUUUUCUGUACGCAAACAAAAUCAGAUCGACAUCGUGACAUGGCUGCAAAAGCACAGAAUAUUGUACAAACAUGGAUGUGGAAAAUUCCGACUGUUUUUAUUUCUAAAUUAGAAUUUUUGGCAAGUCACUGGUUGUAAAGGGACAUACUGUAUUUUGGUAGUACAUUCCUGAUAGGGGGUUUAUGUAGCAUAUUAGCAAAGGCCUUAUGCCUCCGUUAUGACUUAUUGAGCAAAGAUCUUUUAGUUUCUUUAUAUAUUUCUGUCACCAUUUUAUAGAAUUAAGGUAUAAAUUUGGCACUGCUUACAAUCUGAUCUGCAGGCAUAUUCUGCUGUAGACAUUCUUCAUAUCAGGCUGGAGUUUAUUUUAUUAUUUUUUUCAUUUUACAAAGGUUUUCUCUUCCCAGUGUUGCAGUCUGUACACAUACAGCAUGCACCUUUGUCUAGGAGGAGCAUAAUGAAGCAGUAUUAUUGUUUGUUUUUGCAUAUUUCUUUAAUUUUGCAAUUGUUCACAUUCAAAGUCCGCCAACUAUUUCAAAUCAAUAAUCAGUAUUUACAACCGACCCACAAUGUGAUAUUAAAGAUUUGAAUAUCAUUUCCAA